AGCGGGUUGUAAAACAGAAGAGAAAGUGAACAGGACACAAUAGUUGGUAGAGCAAUGGUCAAUCCCAAUAUUAUAAUAUACAUAGUAAAGUUGGCUUGCGUACAGAAGAAUGAAUGUCUACUAGGUUUGCAAGACGAUGUGCGUCUCUCUCUGCUGGAUUUCGGAACCGAAGAUCGGUCAGGUCAACUGAUCGAAACUCGUUUGCCAAACCGACGCAGGCACAGGUCAGGGAGAAGAGUUGCCCACUACAUUCCUUUCACUUCAAAUGAUGAGUUCGUCUGUCUUCUGUCCUGCUUGAUGCCACAAUGAACGAACUAAUCGUACUCUGGUUUUAACUCCGCGCCAUGAUCAUCAAUUCAACAGCUCCGAGGCAAAGGCAGUGAUGAUGAGCGGAAUUAGGGCUUAUUAUUACAUGACCAUUGGAAUUGGAACACUAGUGUUUGUGUGUGUAGCAUUUCUUGCAAAAUUCGUGCUCAAAAAGAGGAAAGUAGGCAAGGGGGCUGAUCAUCGUAAAUUGCCGCCCGGGAGAAGCGGAUGGCCGUUGAUUGGUGACAGCUUCAACUGGUACAACGCUGUUGCGAGUUCUCACCCCCCUCGUUUCGUUCAGCAACAGGUUCGGAGGUUUGGGAAGAUAUUCUCAUGUAGCCUAUUCGGCAAAUGGGCUGUGGUGUCUGCCGAUCCAAGCUUUAACCGAUUCAUAAUGCAAAAUGAAGGAAAGUUAUUCCAGUCCAGCUAUCCCAAAUCUUUCAGAGAUCUGGUUGGAAAAAAUGGGGUGAUCACUGCACAAGGAGAGCAACAAAGGAAGCUUCAUGGCAUUGCAUCAAAUAUGAUGCGGUUAGAGAAGCUCAAGUCCCAUUUCUUGAAGGACAUUCAAAUAGUCAUGAUCAAAACCUUGAAAGUUUUCCACAACAAUCAGGUCAUUCUUCUCCAGGAUAUUUGCAGAAAGGCAACCAUAAAUCUGAUGGUAGAUCAACUACUGGGAGUGUCUAGUGAAGGGGAAAUUGAUGAGAUUGCUUGCUUGUUCUCUGAUUUUGUGGACGGUUGUCUUUCUGUUCCCAUCAAUUUGCCUGGUUUUGCUUAUCACACUGCCAUGAAGGCUAGGGAUGCUAUUAUAAGAAAAAUCAACAUCACCCUAGAAAAGCAUAGACAAGAGGCCAUAUCAGGAGUUGAUAGUGGAGUGCUUGGAAGACUGCUAGAGGAAGAAAGCUUACCUGAAGAUGUAGUUGCAGAUUUCAUAAUCAAUCUUCUGUUUGCUGGGAAUGAAACCACAGCCAAGACCAUGCUUUUUGCUGUUUAUUUCCUCACUCAAUGUCCCAGGGCAAUGAAGCAACUCCUGGAUGAACAACAAAGCCUCAAAAGCCAAAGGAGUGACUUAGACCAUGAAGACAUGCUUACAUGGCAAGAUUACAAACAGAUGUCUUUCACACAGUGUGUAAUUGAUGAAACACUUCGAUUGGGGGGUAUUGCAAUUUGGUUAAUGAGAGAAGCAACACAAGACAUUCAAUAUCAAGGUUACGUCAUUCCAAAAGGAAGUUUUGUGGUUCCAUUUCUUUCAGCAGUCCAUUUGGAUGAAAAUGUGUAUGAAGAUGCGCUGAGUUUCAAUCCUUGGAGAUGGAUGGAGCCUGAGAAUGAGGAAAAAAGAAACUGGAGAAGUAGUCCCUUUUUGGCUCCCUUCGGUGGAGGAGCUCGAUUUUGUCCAGGGGCAGAGUUGGCUCGCCUCCAAAUUGCUCUUUUUCUUCACUAUUUUGUUACUGCAUACAGGUGGAUGCAACUUAGGGAGGAUCGAAUGUCCUUCUUUCCCUCUGCUCGAUUAGUGCAUGGCUUUCAAAUCAAACUAACUAGACGGAAUCGGAAUAAUGACGAGAGGUCAAAUUGAAAUUGAUAUGAAAAUAAUAAUAAGAAUGUGAUUGAUGAUUGUGAUU